AUGACCAGUAUUGAUUUUGCGGCGUUGUAUCAAGAAGAACGAAAGAAAGCUUUAGCUCAGAUCAAGACGUCAAAUAAGAACAAGUCAUCGUCAGCUUGUUCUUCUUCGGUAUUUUCGAGAGAUGAUCAAAGAAGCAUCUUCCGAGAGAGAGUUGAAAAGAUUGAUUUAUCAAAAUAUAAAUUGGAAGCUACAGGAAUUGAUUCUAUUUAUUACAUCGGAGAGUUUAUUUCAAAAGAGGAAGAGAAGGCAUUAGUGGACGCCAUUUAUCAAGAUGAUGAUAAGAAGGAAUUGAAUUAUGGAGAAAAGAAAUCAUGGGUUUCACUUAGCAAAAGAAGAUUGAAAAAUUUAGGAGGUGUUCCUCACCCUAGUGGCAUGUAUUUGGAAAAUUUACCCAAAUACAUUUGUGAUUUCAACAAAGUACUUUAUCAAAGUGGGCUAGAUGUUGAACAAUUUGUUCAAGAAGAAGAACAGAUGGAAUCAUCAUUACUUGUGCAAGACAAGACCGCCCAACUCUCACAACAAGCCAGCUACAAUCAAGUACUUUUGAAUGAAUAUCAAUGUGGAAAAGGAAUAAGGCCUCACAAGGAUGGUCCUCUCUAUUCAGAUGUAGCACUGGUUUUAUCACUACAAACAACAUGUCUUAUUGAUUUCUAUGCAGAAAAACCAAAAGCAGAAUAUGAUGAAAUUCCAGCAAAUAUUGCAUGCAAUGUUUUUCUACAGCCUCGAUCUUUAUUAAUAUUUUGUGGAAAGGCCUAUACAGAUUAUUUUCAUGGUGUUAGAGAUGUGGAUAGGGAUGAAAUUGAUUCCACCAAGUGCAUGAAUAUGAAUCAAGCCAAUGUCGAGCAUGCACAGGUAAUUCCAAGAGGUACUACUCGUCUUUCCUUGACCAUUCGAAAAGUCAGACGUGUGGUUUCAGAAAAGGUUUUCACUAGCCAUGAAGCAGAAGAAAUAGAGAGACGAAGAAAGUGGUGGGAACAAGCAAUUGAUAAUUAA